AUGGAGGCGAAGGCAGCAGAACUUCAGGCGGCUUUUAAGAACCCCAACCUGUCUGUUGAUUCAAAGAUCGCCUACCUUUCUAGUGUGAAGUCCGAUAUCAAACAGAAAAAUGUUCCAGAAGGAGCAAUUCGCCCCAUUUUCGAAACAUUGCGCCUCGCCGUCGGCUCCCAACACUACUCUGUUCUCGGGGCGGGGUUCUCCACACUUGGCCACCUCCUGAAGCGCCUUGCAAUCCAAGAACAACAACAAUGGAUUGUCCACCAGGCCCAUAGCUUGUACCCUAUUCUUCUAGAGCGACUGAAUGACCCCAAAGAACGUAUAAGAGCUCAGGCGGCAUCCAUUUUCACCGAACUGUGGCCAUUUGCAGGCAACGAAGUCGAAUAUCAUGUUCUGGAAGUUGCCCUGGUUGGGAAAAAUCAUCGGGCGAAAGAAAUGAGCAUGCUUUGGUUGGCAAAUGUAGGUUUAUGCAUCCUGCAAGGCUUGUUUGUCUUAGCUGCUAAUCUCGACCUGCAGAUGACGAAGAACCACGGUUUGUUAUUCCGCCAAUAUGUUCCUUCCCUGGUUUCGUGCUUAGAGGACGCCGACAGCGCUGUUAGAGACACGGCGAAGUUGGUCGUGAUCGAUCUGUUCCGAAACGGCCCCGCAAGAGCGAAGUCUGACCUGCAGAAGCAAAUGGCGGCACGCAGUGUGAGGAAAUCUAUCGCGAAUGCUAUCCUUUCGGGCAUUGGCUUAGGAUGGAGCCUGCAAAGAGCCGCCCAGCUUCUGGAGCUCAUCGUGAGCGGCCGACAGCCUCCUCCCGCACCUGCAGAGCCACCGAUUGUCAACCGACCACGCACACCGGCUCCGACACCAGCAUCCCAGCAAUCGUUGCCAGACGAAGAUGGCCUGGAACCGUUCGAUAUUGCUUCGGCGAGGGACGUCGAUGACCUUGUGCGCGAUAUGCUGCCCUGGUUCGAAGGGAAAGAAUCCGAGGAGAAUUGGUUAAAGCGUGAAAAGAAUGUAAUUCUGUUCCGCAGACUGACUCGAGGCAACGCGCCACACGACUUCUCGCAGACCUAUAUCAAUGCAGUAAAGACACUCCUUGACGGCAUCUUGAAGGUUCUGAACUCUCUACGAACCACAAUGUCUACCAACGCCUGUCUUUUGGUCCAAGAUAUUGCCCGAACAUGUGGCCCUAGAAUUGAUUCAAUGGUCGAGAUUAUCAUGCAGAACCUGUUGAAGCUUUGCUCCUCGUUGAAAAAGAUCGCCGCUCAACACGGAAAUGCCACUGUCGACGUCGUCAUUCAAAAUGUUUCAUUUAGCAUUCGCAUCCUGCAGCAUGUCUCUUUCGCGGUCCAUGAUAAAAAUGUUGGAGUGCGUCUGUUCGCCACAGGGUGGCUAAAAGCUUUGAUCAUCCGCCAGGCUCAUCAUAAAAGCGCAGUUGAACAUAAUGGAGGUCUUGAUCUCAUCGAGAAGUCGAUCACGAAAGGAUUGGGGGAUGCGAACCCUGGUGUGCGCGAAGCAUCCCGGAGCACCUUCUGGACGUUCUACGGUGUGUGGCCGGAGCGAGCCAAUGUGAUAGCAGACACGCUCGACCCCAAGUCGCGGAACUUGCUGGAAAAGGAUUCAUCAAACCCCAACCCCCCGUCAAAAGGUGCACCUGCAUUGCCUGCAAAGAGCCCCGCCAAGAGUCGCUCCGCUUUACAAGAAGCUAUUGCUGCUCGAAAGAGGGCCCAGAUGCCUUCUCGACCCGAAUCGGCUCAGCCAACCUUUGCUGAGGCGAAGCAACCUGCUCCUUCCUCCAAGUCCACUCGGAGUGUACCCACUGGCGCCCCCCUCUCAUCUCUAUCUUCUGCGCCUAUGAGACCCGGCAUGAAGCCCCGACGGGCGGAAAUUAGUCGUCCUGCAACGGCAGACCCCUAUGCUCUUCGCCCUGAGUCACGAGCCCAGUCUAGUACUACCCAAUCUACCCGACAAGCGACCACUUCCCCCAGGGCUGCGAGAUCCAAACCAUCAACACCUACGUCACAAGCGCCUCUAACGGCACCUCGAACCCGCCCGCGUGAACCGGCACAAGCUGCUACCGCAAAGGGCAGGCCGAAGAAACUUGAUUUGUCCAAGUCCAAGUCUCAUAACGAUCUUAUGGCCGCCGCGAGCCGUGCUCGUAGUGACUCGAACGAAAGCCUGGCCAAUCAGCCAUCUGCGAGGACCCCCCCGUCACGGAAAUUACCUCAGUGCAUCGGAGGACCAACAAUCCCCUCCCUCAACCGAGUUGGAAAGUCCUCCCCUUAA